AUGCUGUUGGAGUGUAAAGAGGUGGAUGCUGCAGUUUUUAUGUUCCGAAAAAUAGCUUUUAGGCCCACAUCCUCUUUGACUGCGAAAUAUGAUGCACUUGCCGCUGGUUUUGGUGAACCUGAAGACCUGAUUAUGAUUCCGAAUAAGGGUGAGCUUUUUGAAAUCGGCAAUUUCAUUCGCUUCUACAACGACAAUGGUCAUAUUGUGUCGCCGAUCCGAAUAGAUGAUUUAUUUCCGGUGCGCAUCGCGGGCAGAAAUUUACAGGUUUAUGCUCCGGUGGUUUUUCCACCAGUUCGACUUGGCGGUGAGACAGCGGCUGAAAUACUUCCAUGGUCACCAGAUUUUGGCUAUAUUACGUGUUUCAAGUCGUUUUCCGUUGUACCUUGCCGCAACUACAUGUACAGGGCUUGGUUUGAACGGUAA